AUGGCCCUUAACGAAAGCCGAACACGUACAAGACCAUGCGCUACCUGUAAGAGAAGUAAAGUCAAAUGCCACUAUGUGGACUCCUUGCCUUGUGAGCGAUGCGCAAAGUACAACUUAAAAUGCUAUCUUUCGGAUCAAGCGCUCAACGACCUUGGGACUACGACCAGAAGACCUCAGCCUUUACAACAAAUUGUGCCACAACCUAACUUAGAGCUACUGCCCAACCAAGCUCUUCAGCGUCCAUCGAAUUGGAAUGAGUGCGUGGACUCCCGAAUAAGCACUUUAGAGAACGCUUUAGAAUCGGUGCUGUCCAUUCUCCAGACCAGCCAGUCCCAACAACAGCAACAAAUGGACUUGCUACAGCAGCAAAUUAAUGGAAGUCAACGGCUAGAAUUGCCACGGCCUUCCAACAUAACGACUGUUGCAGAAAUCGAGACUCAAUUAGAUGGGUACGUUCCAACUGGGCCAUAUGAUUGCGACGAUGUUCGCAUUUCUGAGAUUCUCACUAAAGAUGAUGCAGUAGAGCUCUUUGAAACGUUUAUUAAGAAUUUUGUUGCUCAACUAUUUGGUUAUGACGUGAGGGCGCUUGAUGUUCAUCAAUUGUGGCAAACGUCACCUCUUCUGCUACUAUCAAUAUGCACCGUCUCGUGUUCUCAUCAUCCUAAACUGGCAUCGAAGUUUGAAGUUUUGAAGCGAAAUUUGGAUUUUUAUGCUUCCCAGUCUUUGAUACGCGAGGUUCCUGCGGAUCAAGUUGAAAACGUAAUUCUAGGACUUAUUAUCGGAGCGCUAUGGCUGGAAUCAGGGCAAAUGUUCAUUUCUGUUGCUAUACAAUUGGCUAGAAUUAAUAGGCUUGACCAACCGAGUUUUGACGCUUCCUCUCAUAAUAUUUCCUCCCUGCACCGGCUUUGGUACCUGCUAUACAUCGUCGAUGGCAAUCAAAAUCUUACAUUUCACAAAAGUCCUUCAAUAUAUAAGAGAUCAGAAACUCUCCUUCAGAACUCUCGAAAAAAUGUCAUCGAUAAAAUGCCGAACCCUCAAGUUCGUAAAGUACUGAAUGAAAACCACAAUUCUAAAGAUAAAGUGGUAAAUAACCGACAGUUGGAGUUACUUAAUGAAGUGGAAUGUAGAAAAAUGCCCAUAUCUGAGAUUUCGCUAAGUGAGCUAAGGCUCUUGGGCCAAGUCGAGUACCAUAUGGCCAUGGAGUCUGUGUUCACUAACAAUCAAACGAGCACACUGCAAUACGACAAAUCCUUAGAGGCUUCAAUGGCACUGCUCCACCCUUCGAACUUUGGUGUUCCUUGGGAAAGCAAUUUAAAAUUAGACAAAUGGAUGAUAUCAUGGACAAUCACUUUGCAAAAUAUAGACUUCCAAAGCGAUUCAUGGUGCUUGAAGUCAACACUGCUGUACUACAACUUUGCUCGAAUGCAUAUAAACGCCGAAGCUCUAUUGGCAAGUGCCAAAUCUACAACUUUCGAUGGUGCUAGGAAGGACCUCGUUAACGUUUGGCACUCAUCUAAAAAAUCAGAGCCAGUAAAUGAUGAUAUAGAGAAGUUUAUUGACGCUUCCUUCGAAAUAUCCCGAUCUGCUGCCCAUUCACUAAUAAAAUUAGCAACAGAUGAUGAUGAUAUAAGAGGGAUAAUUCAAUUCUUACCACUUCAUGUUCACAUCAUGCUUUACUAUGCGUCACUAGUGCUGCUGAACCCAGCCGAUGUUUCAGUGCAUGGUAAUAAGCCAGGCCAUAAGACCAUCGCGACACGAUAUAAAGCAGUGACCAAGUUGCGGAAGCAGUUACUGAGAACAACGUUUUCUGACCCCAGGUUCAAGAGCAAGUUGAUUGAGUCCUUUACUCAACUUCUACACAUUUACAAAGAGAAAUGCUCGAUCAUCUUUUCAGGGCAACAUGAUGAUAAAGAACGAGCACGUUUUCAGGAGAUUUUCGAGAAUGAUAGUUCCCAAACUGAACCACAGAAGCCGAGAUUCAUUCUAGCAUGGCCAGGCACAAAUCCGGGCCAUCCUUAG